GACUCGCGGGCUCCGUCGUGUUCUCGCGAGCGCGGUGGAGUUCUCGCGAGAGCGGAGGCGGAAGUGGAGGCGCGGGGGAGGGGCGGAGGUCGCGGUGGCGGCGGCGGGAUGGGAGCGCCGAGAUGCCCCGUCACUGCUCUGCCGCCGGCUGUUGCACCCGCGACACUCGGGAGACCCGCAACCGAGGCAUCUCCUUCCAUCGGCUGCCCAAGAAGGACAACCCGCGGCGGGUGCUGUGGCUGGAGAACAGCCGGCGCCGGGACGCCAGCGGGGAGGGCCGCUGGGACCCGGCCUCCAAGUACAUCUACUUCUGCUCCCAGCACUUCGAGAAGAGCUGCUUCGAGAUAGUCGGCUUCAGUGGCUACCACCGUCUGAAGGAAGGAGCCGUCCCCACCGUCUUCGAGUCGGCCACCCCAAAGCCCCCCCGGGCCACCAAACCGAAGCCUCCCCCGCCCCAGAGUGACACCCCAAAGCCCCCCCGGGCCACCAGGAGGUGGAGGCGGGACCCGCCCCCUUCCCCACCGGACCCCCCCUUCCCCGCUGAUGUCUCCUGCUUCCCGGGGGAAAACGAAGACCCCGGUGCCCCCCCAGCCGGUGACCACGGCGGCGUCCCAGCCCUUCCCGGUCCUUCGGGUGCCCGUGGGCCACUCCCGGACAGCCUUUUGGUAGCCACAGGGGACGAAGAAGCCACGGCCACCCCGGAUCUCCCUGAGGGUGACCCCCCCGGUUCCCCCCGACCGGUUUCUCCCUCCCUUUACAUGCUGCGGCUGCCACCGCCGGCCGGGGCGUACAUCCAGAACGAGCACAGCUACCAAGUGGGAAGCGCUUUGCUCUGGAAACGCCGCGCCGAAGCCGCCCUGGAUGCUUUGGAUAAAGCCCAACGGCAACUCCAAGCCUGCAAACGGCGGGAACAACGGCUCCGGCUGCGCGUGGGAGAGCUCCAGCGGGAACGGCGGGUCCCCCUGGAUAUUCGCCGGCCCAAGGAACCCCCGCAGCGGGUGGUGGAGCUGGAGCUACUCGGGGACGGCGGGGAGUGAAGGUUUCCCGGCUUUUUUCCCUGCUCCGGUGCCGCUGGGAAGGUUUGUAAAUAAAAAUUUCACCUUUUUUAUGAAAAACCGAGGGGGCUGGAUCACGGCUGGGAGAAGGGACAGUGUUCCUAAGCCAGUUUUCUUCACGGAUCUGGCACAAAGUGGCCGCGGAGGGAGAAAUAAGCUGGGUUUUGUGUCAGUUAAAGCAUCUCAGCGGGUGCUGGAGAAGGGCAGGAAGCUGAUGGUGUCGUGAUGUGCGUCGUGGGGGGGGGGUCUGGGAUGUAGAGGGGAGCCCAGGCCGCCUUCCCGAGCCGGUUUGAGUUCAUUCGUCAAGUUAAAAAAAUUGGGUUGGGCAGAAAUAAAUCAGUUUUUGUCCGGCUGGGUGAGCUAAAGCAGCUCGACAAGCCCUGGGUGGGAAGAGACGAGCGUUUUGGGGGCUGAUACAUCUCCAGCACCGAGCAAAUAUUCCCUUCCCGGCAGCGGGGAGGAUUUUGGGCACCAUUUGCCCCCUCCAGAAGGGGAAAAAAAAAAACAAGUGGGUCAAUCCCCGGAAAAUGUCCCUCAACAUCCUGGACCCAAAUAAUUGGAAUUAAGCCUUUAAUUUCUGCAGCCGACGUGGCACAGAGGUGCUGGGGUGGGCUAGCGAGCACCGAGACCAACCCGUCCCCCUCGUCGUGCUCCACCAUCGUUUCCAAACUCCUCCAAGGAAGUGAAAGCCAACUGAUUAGCCCCCACUUGCCAGUCGUCCCGAGGCAAUUAACGCCCCAGGCCACCGUGGAGACCCCCGCGUGGCUCCUUCUUCUACAGGUUGAGCUUCCUGUCCAUGAUGGCGGCGUAGGUGUCGGGGUUCAAGGGCACGUAGGACUUCUUCUUGUCAUCGCGGAAGAAGAGGGGGUCUUUGAUGAUGUUGGGGUCGAAGCCUUCUUUGACGAGGUUGCCUUUGCACUGCUUGAAGGUCCCCGUGAUCUCCAGGGUGUCCUGUGGAGAUGGUGGUAUCAGAAACCUUACCGGCGUUGGGGUGACUGGCGCCAUCGUCAGAAAUGGGGGGGACGACCAUUGGAAAUGGGGACCCUUGCAUCAUCGGCACUGGGACACAGGUGGUGUCAUUGGAAUUGGGGGGGACCUGUACGGUGUCAUUGGCACGGGGUGACCACCACUGUCAUGGGAAAGGCAGGACCUUGGUCCCAUCAUGGGGAAGGUGGACCGAUGCCAUCGUCAGCACAGGGUGACCCCGAUGUUGUCGUGGAUAUGGGGUGACCGUCACCCCCUCCAGAAAUGGAUGGACAGUGCUAGCGCCAACAGGUUGACCCCGGCACUGUCACCGGACCCCAGCACCGUUACCGGCACAGGGUGACUGGCAUCAUCAUCGGAAACUGGGGGGACGCCAACGCGGUCGUUGGAAAUGGGCGCUGGUGCCUGCGCUGCCGAAUUGUCCUUCAUCCAAGGGACUAAUUUGGAGAGGACCAAAGAAAAACUGUCCCCAGAAGCCACCCCGACGCCUGGGACCGCUGACCUGGAUCCGCACGAAGCGGGGGGCGGCGUAGGCGGGCAGCGUGUCCCCGGUGAAGGCGUAGAGGUCCUGGCCCUCAAAGCUGGCCCCGGCUUUCAGGCGGAUGGCCGCCAUGCCACACCUCCCCUCGCACCCUGCGAAGAAAGGACGGAGGGUUAUUUUGGGCAACCGAAGCUCAUUUUAUUCUUCUUGGUGGCCACUUGGACCAUUCUGGGGACCUGUUGCAUGCCCAAAACAACAUUGGACGCUUAUUUUUGGGUGGACUUGUCCCACUUUAGCUGCCUUGGAGGCCGCUGGAACGAUGAUGGAGGCACAUCGUGUACCUAAAACAACGCUGGAUGCUUAUUUUGGGUGAACAUUUCCCAUUUUAGCCUCCUUUGUGGCCACUUAGGCCAUUACAGGAGCACACUGUGUGCCCAAAACAAUAAAAGACGCUUAUUUUGACCA